CUUCAUGCAAGAAAACCCCCCAGCAUAUUCAAGCAACGACAUGCAAGUUUACAAAUUGGGUGCGACACAAAGGUGAUGUCACAUACUUCCAUGCACCAGUCAGGAUUUAACAAGAAUUGAAUCAGAAUCUGAGAACAGACCUGAAGCCAGUGGUGACAACUAAUCGACGCCAAAGCUGAACAUAAAAACACAGAAGAAAGAGAGAACUCACCCCUACGCACCACCUCCUGCAUCAGCUUCCCAGAGUUUAUGGACGACAUAUUGAUAAACAGCAGAGAAGACACAGUUUGCAGUGCUUAAAGGAAUCGUGUUGGGAAGAGUAGUGCAAAUGGUGCUGCAGCACCUCCUUCCCUGGCAGCCCCACUUCAAAAAGGUGGAGGUCAGAGGAUUCCAGCUCUGCGCAACUAUUUGAAGAUUAACAACAGACCUGGAAAAGAGAGACAGUACUUAUGUUCACCAUAAUGGCGCCUGUAGGUGUGGCUAAACUGCGGGCUCGGCUCUUUCUGCUGUUUCUUUGCUUGACACUACAUGCUGGCAUGCUUCAGUUUGCUACAGCCACGAUACAAGGGUACAUUGGAGAUAGAGACAUGAUAUGCCCAUCUGUAUGCAGGUGCGAUGAGGACUUUAUCUACUGUAAUGAUCGUGGCCUGAGCUCCAUCCCGUCACUGCCUCCUUCGGCAUCCGUCCUGUACCUUCAGAACAACCACAUUAACAACCCAGGCUUGCCCACCUCCUUGGAGCACCAUCUUGCCGUCCGUGUGGUCUACCUCUAUGAUAAUGAACUGGAUGAAUUCCCCAUGCACCUGCCACCAUCCGUCCGUGAACUCCAUUUGCAGGACAACAACAUACGCACUAUUCCUCGUAGUGCACUGGCUCGGAUGCCUUUGCUAGAGAAGCUCCACUUGGAUGAUAACUCUAUUUCCACUGUCAGCAUUGAGGACCAGGCAUUUGCUGACAACCCACGGUUGCGCCUACUUUUCCUUUCACGCAACCACCUCUCUAGUAUCCCUUCAGGGCUUCCUGCCUCUCUGGAGGAACUCCGUCUGGAUGACAACCGAAUCUCCACUAUCCCAACCCAUGCCUUCCGAGGCCUCACCUCACUAAGAUGUCUUGUCCUGGAUGGGAACCUUUUGGCAAACCAGCGCAUUGCAGAUGACACAUUCUCCCGCCUUUCCAAUUUGACAGAGUUGUCCCUAGUCCGUAACUCCCUCCAGACCCCACCUGUCAACCUGCCCAGUGCCCAUCUGCAGCGCCUGUCUCUGCAGGACAAUGCCCUGACUCAUAUGCCACGUGGUUCCUUGGAUGGUAUGCGUAGGCUGCAGAGGCUGGACCUGUCAGGGAACAACCUGACCACCCUGCCGAGGGGACUGUUCAAAGACCUGGACAGCCUGGGUCAGCUGCUGGUGCGAGGUAAUCCUUGGCACUGUGGCUGCAACCUGCGCUGGCUGUAUGACUGGCUAAAUGCCCGUGGUAACUCCAUCACUGUCAGAGGUCUCACUUGCCAUGGGCCUGACAGGGUGCGAGACAUGGCCUUGAUAGACCUGACCAGCGAGAUGGAAGAAUGUGAGGUGGUGAGGACAGCAGGGACCAGAGACAGAGGUGGGGUCGAUAGCUCUACCACUCACACCCCUCCACAGGGCUCGCUCUUCACCCUCCGCUCAAAGCGACCGGGCCUAGGGCUUCCUGACUCUGGCUUAGACUACACUCUUAGCAGCAGCGGUGUGGGGAAGAGCUUGGCUCUCAAUGUGAAGCCUCUCUCACACAACAGCAUUCGUGUGACCUGGAGCGUGGCCCAGCCCAGCUCCUCCUUCAGGCUGAGCUGGCUCCGACUGGGUACUGGGAACGCCAUGGGAUCAAUUACAGAGACUCUGGUCCGUGGUGACCGUCGGGAGUAUCUGCUUACUUCCCUGCAACCACGCUCCGGCUACAUCAUCUGCAUGGUGCCUCUUUCUGCCAGUUCAGAAAGCAAAGGGGCGAUUUCUGGAGAUGCUGACUCUGAUGAAGCUCUGGUGUGUGCAAAAGCAGAAACGUCAGAUGUCAGCCCAUUGGAGGAGGAGGAGAAGAAGGAGGACGACUCACAGCAGAUGACAGCACUGCCCCUGGCAGUGAUUAUUGGUGGGGCUGCCACUAUUGUAUCUUUGGCUCUUAUUUUUGGCAUCUUCUGUUGGUAUGGACAUAGGACUGGACAUUUGUGUCCCCGUGACCACUAUACUCGCAGCAGCUCUCGAAAAAACAAGACCUACGAUGAUUACAUUGAGUCAGGCACCAAGAAGGACAAUACCAUCUUGGAGAUCCGUGGUCCAGGGUUCCAGAUGACGCCUAUGGCAGCUUGCCAGCCAAUGCAGCCUAAACCCCUACGAGAGGAUUACAUCAUUCAUACCAUAUAUCCCUCCAAUGGCACUGGCCUGUACAAAGGUGCCAACCAUGUUUCUAAUGCAGGACAUGGCACCAACCGCGGCUAUAGAGAAGGAGGAAUCCCAGAUAUAGACUACUGUUACACAUGAUGUACUGUACCAGAUCCUGUUCACAGUGUUAUUGGUAAACUGUAUAGAUGCACAAUUUCCCUUCGCAUGGACACUUCUGAAGCACCCCUCUGUGCCUUCUUCUUCUGGUUUCCCAUUCCAAAUGACCUGCUGUUCACUGCACUGAAAGUACAGUAUGUGAUUAACUGGAACUACCAAAACCAUAUGGGAACAGUUCACUGCAGGAAGCAGUAGCCAGUGUCCAGGUGUAAAUGCACAGCUGACUGUUUCUUCACCAUCUUAGUAAUGGCCUGUGUAUGUUUUCUUUUCUGCUCUUUCCCUGUGACAUGUAAGCAAAGAAUGUAUACAUUGUGGAAAGGUCAAAAUUAGCAUAGGUCCAGGUAGAGUUUCUCUUUCACGCACAGGAGCCACAGCAGUCAAUUGAAAAUGGAUUAAGACAUGAUGAGAAACUGACAUUUUUGGUACUCUUUUCCUGCUCACCAGUCAUACACAGUAUGUAGUCUAAUCAACUCAUUGUUCCAAAUGCCUCAACUAUAUUGAUGUGCCCUACCAGCUAUCCAAGGAAAGGGCUUUGUAAAGCUGUGAAUUGUUCAAUUUCAAACGACCCAAUAACCACGUGUCUUAAAGUAGGCUUGUUAUUACCUUAUUCAGUAGUUGGCUGGGUGAAGAUCUUAUCAGGGCUGGUCAGCCUUGGUUAUACCUCUCGAGGUCAUUCACCUAAGAUCAGUAUUGUAGUGUUGCAUAGGAUGAGAUGCAACACGAGCGUGUAGAUAAUUUACUUAGAUACCGACUGGGCUGUGUUUGAAAAAUGCUUUGCUAUUUUUAUCAGUGGUUUGUUUUGUAAUCAAAUCCUGCACAGCUCUCUUUAUUUAUUUUGUUCCUCAUGUGAUGGUUUUUGUCUCUGCUAAAAUAGCUUUUUUUCAUUACUGAUGAAACUCAGCUUUGAUGAAGACAGUGGAUUUGUUUCAUCUAAAAAACAAAAAAAGAGAAGUGAAGAAAAUAUCCUGAUGGCUGACUCCAGGUUUAUGUGUUCUUAAACGCAGCAGAGUGGAUUCUUGAGUGAGACUAGUUAUUAUAUGUAAAAGGAAAAUUAGACCCCACCCAAAGACUAGCAUGUCAGUCCACUGAGACGAUAGAGAUCAACCUCAAUCCCUCUUCUCCCAUAUAUUGCCUGUGUGCUUAACCUGUGACUUCAGCUGGUAGGUUUUGGUUAUAAAAUGUUUCCUCCACAUCCUUUUAGCAGUGACGGUGUUCACAGGGAAUCCAGAACAGACAAAAUACUAAUGUGGAGCCUCCUGUGUGAGGCGGACUCUUGUGAGGGAACACAAGAAAUGAGGGCAAGGACUAUGAGUGAAACUGAGGAGACUCAAACCGCAACACUGUUGACCUGCACU